GCUUAGCUGGCCACCACCCAACAAACAUUUCUGUUCUCCCUUCUGGCCAGGAAGGAUUGAAUUAAGGUCAAGGUCAGAUCCAACCUCCAUGCACCUACAGAGAGGUUGAGGAGGGAAGCAAGAGCUGCCCUGGGAGGCCAGGCCUGAGGGAGUUUUUUCAGGAACCCUCUAGAAGGGACCAGAACUCAGCUGGACUCAGCCUCUUCCUCCUAGGAGGAAGCCCAGCCCCAGACCUCUAAGAGAUGGAGGUGAGGUCCAAACUGAAGCCCCCAGCACCAGUCUGGAGAUGUUGCUGCAGCUGCCAGGCCAGAGAGACUAGAACUGCGUGUGUGCGUACACACACACACACACACACACACACUCCCCACCCCUCUCCACUCCUUUACCCUGCUCAAUCCCCUUCUACCCCUCCGCUCUGACUACACUUCCCCCAUCCCACUUCACACUUACCCCUAAACCAGCCCAGACCAGAAAGGGCCCAGCCUUGCGAUUGGCCUGUGGGUCCCAGUACCAGGAACUGAGAGGAAGGCUAUGGGAAGGAAGGAAAAGAGAAGGCGGGACUGAGAGGAGGCUACAUUUCUAUCUAUGCCCCGGGCUGGGCGCCUGCUCACCAUGGACACUGCCGGGUACAGCAAGUGGGGCGGCGGGCUUGAGGAUGUCCCUGGAGGGAGCUGGGGACGCUGGGGACGCUGGGGACAGAGACUCCUCUUCCUGGGCCUGGUUCUGGCAGUGGCCACAGUCCUGUGGGCUCUCAUCCUGAACAUCCUCGUUUCUAAGGCCUCCACAGAGCGACGGGCGCUGCUUGGCCACCAGGAUCUGCUGAGGACGAACGCCUCGGAGCAGUCGGCGGCGCUGGGGGCUUUGAACCGGGAGGUCCGAGCCUGCAACACCUGCUGCUUGGGGACCCAGAAGCUGCUGCAGAGGGCACGCACCGAGCUCGGGGAGGCGCAGGCGAAGCUGAUCCAGCAAGAGAGUGCCCUGAAAGAACUGAGCAAUCGCGUGACCCAGAGCUUGGCUGAGGCGAGCAGGGACCGCGAGGGCAUCCGAACCGAGCUGUUCAGGGCUCUGGAGGCCGUCCGGCAGGGGAACAGCUCCUGCGAGGAGUGCCCCGAAUCCUGGCUGCCCUUCCAGGGCUCCUGCUACCUUUUCUCCGUCCAGCGGGCCACCUGGGAGGCGUCGCAGCAGAACUGCGCAGGCGCAGGCGCACACCUGGGCUUCCUGAGUCGGAAUACACGUGGCCGUGGUUUCUGGCUGGGCCUGCGGGCCGUGCGCCGCGCGGGCAAGAUCCAGGGCUACCAGUGGAUAGACGGAGUCCCGCUCAGCUUCAGCCAGUGGAACACGGGAGAGCCCAAUGACUCUAUGGGGCGCGAGGACUGCGCUAUGAUGCUACGCACCGGGAUGUGGAAUGACGCACCGUGCGAAAACGAGAAGGACAACUGGAUUUGUGAGAAGAGGCGCAGCUGCUGACCCCGCCAGGCAGGUGCGGGCGCUGGGACCUCCACUCCAACCUCAUCGCAAGCCCUCACACAGACAACCUAGCCUCCACCCCCACCCAAAUCCCGGCUCCUGGGCCGGUCCCUGGGCCCCACCUCCCUCCCUAACCAAAGCAAGGCAACUCAAGCAUGGAGCUGGUUUUCUCCCAUUCUACCCCAGACUGGGAGCCCUCACAGAUAGGUGUUUUGUGAGCUGUCUUCGCAGCCCUAGGAAGCAUCAAUAAAUGCUUGAGAAAUGAAUUUUGA